AUAGCUCACUAUUACAAGUAAGCAGACUAUUCGUCUUAUAUUUCCAUCAUCAGUAUUCAGUUGCUGCUGAAGUUAAGCUCUUCUAUCUUCUCGAGAUAUUUGGAUUAGUUUUACACAAUGGAGUGCAAGAUUUCCUGGAACUCUUAUAACUUAAUGUUUCUCCUUUUUGUGCUAUGUUCUGGUGCAGCUGCCUUUGACGCAUUGGAUCCAAAUGGAAACAUAACAAUCAAAUGGGAUGUGCUUUCUUGGACUCCUGAUGGUUAUGUGGCAGUGGUGACAAUGAACAAUUACCAAAUGUAUCGUCCGAUAAUGAGCCCUGGAUGGACUUUAGGAUGGACAUGGGCAAAGAAUGAGGUAAUUUGGUCCAUGCUGGGAGCACAAGCUACUGAUCAAGGGGAUUGUUCAAAGUUUCGAACUAACAUUCCUCACAGUUGUGAUAAAAAUCCUAGCAUUGUUGACUUGUUGCCAAAUACCCCUUUUAACCAGCAAAUUGCUAACUGCUGCAAGGGUGGUGUUUUGGAUUCGUGGGGAAAAGACCCUUCUGCUGCUGUCUCUGCAUUUCAGAUUAGUGUUGGCUCUGCUGGGACUACAAACAGAACUGUCAAACUUCCCAAGAAUUUCACUUUGCGCGCUCCAGGACCUGGAUAUACCUGUGGUCCUGCUAAAAUCAUUGCUCCCACUAUUUUCAUCAUGCCUAAUGGUAGACGAAUGACAAAGGCAAUGAUGACAUGGAGAGUGAUAUGCACUUACUCUCAGUUCUUAGCCUCCCCGAGACCAACAUGUUGCGUCUCCUUGUCUUCUUUUCCCAAUAGAAGUAUCACACCUUGCCCUUCGUGUUCUUGUGGCUGCCAGAAUAGCAGCAACUGUGUCAUGAAGACACCGAGUGGAGAGGGAGUAAAUGCGCCAAAGAAAGUAAAUAAGCCAGUGCUGCAAUGUACAAAACACAUGUGCCCUAUCAAAGUGCACUGGCAUGUGAAAUCAAACCACAAGAAGUAUUAUAGAGUGAAGAUCACCAUCACAAACUUCAAUUACCAAUUCAACUACACACAGUGGACACUCGUUGUUCAACAUCCAAAUUUCAACAAUGCUACCAAAGUUUCCAGAUUUGCAUACAAGCGUCUCAUGCCUUAUCAAUCGAUUAAUGAUACUGCCAUGUUUUAUGGGAGAAAGUCAUUUAAUGAUGUCCUGAUGCAAGCUGGACCAAAAGGAAAUGUCCAGUCAGAUUUAACACUUGAGAAGGAUGGAAACAAACUUACACUAAGGAAAGGUUGGGCUUUCCCUCGGAGGGUUUACUUCAACGGCAAUAACUGUGUGAUGCCAUCUCCUGAAUCUUAGCCGUUUGUUCCAAAUUCUUCCGGAUAAAGAGUGUUGCCCAACUGUGGUUCUUCUGUUUCUCUUGGUAUUCUUAGCCUGUGGUGGUAUUUGGUGAUAAAUAUUGAAGAACAGGAAUGUAUUAAUGAGUAUUACAAUACACUUGACAAUUUCCAGAACUUGUGAAGAGUUAUAAUGAAAAAUAAGGUGCUUAAUCAAGCACACUGAAAUCGUCCAACUUUUCUUAUAGAUAUCAAUUUUUACCGA